AAGACACAGAGCCCGGCCUGAAGGAAACAGCUGUUCCCGUCGUGCUCUGGCACUUGGCAGCUGGACAGGGGAGUGCUGAUGUGAAAAUUAGCAAAUACCACGACAAAACCACCCCAGUUCUCCAAAGUACUAAUAAUUCAAGUUGAAAAAAACCAGUUGUGCAGACAGAUUCCUCAAAGUAUUCCCUGAUGAUGAUAACUGCCUUUAACAUUCUCUCAGACUUGGAAGUUUAUCUGUAGGGAAGCAACAGGUAAGGUUUCUUGAAGGACAACUGAAAACAGAGGUCACCACUAAGUGCUAACGACAUCGACUUGUGUGAUUAUGGAGAUGGUGUGUCUGAUGCUGAAGAUGUCUCUGGUUUUUUGACAACGGCUAAACAACAAUGGGGUCAAGCGGCCUUGGGAAAGCAGCCACGCUAGAUGAACUGCUGAGCGCUUGCAUUGAGAUGUUUGAUGAUAAUGGAGAGCUGAAUAAUAGUUAUUUGCCAAGAAUAGUUCUGCUGAUGCACCGAUGGUAUUUAUCUUCCACCGAGUUGGCAGAAAAACUUCUCUGCAUGUAUCGAAAUGCCAGUGGAGACAGCUGUGAUGAAUUUCGAUUAAAGAUCUGCUAUUUCAUCAGGUACUGGAUUCUGAUUCCUGCAGAGUUUAAUUUGGACCUUGGUUUGAUCCGUAUGACUGAGGAAUUCCGAGAAGUAGCUAGUCAACUGGGAUAUGAAAAACACAUCAGCCUCAUUGACAUAUCCAGCAUUCCUUCCUAUGACUGGAUGAGAAGAGUCACUCAGAGGAAAAAAGUGUCCAAGAAAGGAAAAGCCUGUCUGCUGUUUGACCAUCUGGAGCCUAUUGAAUUGGCUGAGCACCUCACUUUUCUGGAGCAUAAAUCUUUUAGAAGGAUCUCAUUCACGGAUUACCAAAGCUAUGUCAUUCACGGCUGCUUGGAGGACAACCCGACCUUGGAGAGAUCGAUUGCUUUAUUUAAUGGAAUUUCUAAGUGGGUCCAGUUGAUGGUUCUUAGCAAACCCACACCCCAACAAAGGGCGGAAGUCAUCACCAAGUUUAUAAAUGUUGCAAAGAAGCUCCUUCAGCUCAAAAACUUUAACACCCUGAUGGCAGUGGUGGGAGGCCUGAGCCAUAGUUCCAUUUCACGCCUCAAAGAGACCCAUUCUCAUCUUUCUUCAGAAGUUACAAAGAACUGGAAUGAAAUGACAGAGCUGGUCUCCUCUAAUGGCAAUUACUGCAAUUACCGCAAGGCCUUUGCCGACUGCGACGGCUUCAAAAUCCCCAUCCUUGGCGUGCACUUGAAAGACUUGAUAGCCGUCCACGUCAUUUUCCCAGACUGGAUGGAGGAAAACAAAGUGAACAUUGUGAAAAUGCACCAGCUCUCCGUGACCCUGAGUGAACUGGUCUCCCUGCAGAAUGCCUCUCACCACUUAGAGCCCAACAUGGACUUGAUCAACCUGCUUACGCUUUCCCUGGAUCUCUAUCACACAGAGGAUGAUAUUUACAAACUGUCCCUGGUGCUGGAGCCUAGAAAUUCCAAAUCGCCGACCUCCCCCACGACGCCCAACAAGCCUGUGGUGCCCUUGGAGUGGGCUUCAGGGGUGGUGCCAAAGCCAGACCCCACAGUCAUCAACAAGCACAUCAGGAAAUUAGUCGAGUCUGUGUUUAGGAACUACGACCAUGACCACGAUGGAUACAUCUCCCAAGAGGACUUUGAAAGUAUAGCUGCCAAUUUUCCCUUCUUGGAGUCCUUCUGUGUGCUGGACAAAGAUCAGUAA